AUGCCUGUCUCAGUCCAGCUGAACACCCCUCUGGCAGAUGCCCUCAACUCUGCCAUCCAGCCGAAGCUGGAGCAGUACGGCUGGGCCACCGGGGGCGCCGACGAUGCCGCCCUCACUGAAUACAUCAUCCUCAUGCUUGUGAACGGAAAGACACAAGAAGAGGUCACGCGAGAGCUAUCAACAGACCUCCUUGGCCUCGACCCCAACGACCCUGGCCUUCUCGAGUUCUCAAACUGGCUCUUCGCCACUAUCGACGCACUCUCUGCACAGUUCGGCUCAAGCGAUGCGCAAGUCGAGGCCACGACAGGAGCCGUCCCAGCGGCGUCGAGCGCCCCUGACGAAGACCAAGACAUGGACAUGAGCACAAACGACGGUAUCGCAGAAUUCAACGCACCUACAGGUCCGAAGGCUAUGCGUAACGGCGCCGACAGAGGUCGCGGAAAGCGGCUCGUGGGACAACUGAACCGUGCAAUGGACAGGACGCAUGAGAACGUCCUCCACCGCGUGCGCGGCGCCACCGGGAACGAGAGGAUCAACUCACAUACUCGCACACCCCCGACUGGCCCCCGCAUGGGUACCGGAAGGCAGCCUCGAGGGCCGAAUCAACGCGCAGCCAACAUUGCCCACGGCCUCGCAAACAUGAACAACAUGCCUCCCGGCCCAGCCGGCAUGAACGGCGGAGCUAUGGGCCCCAUGAAUGGCUGGGGGAUGAUGCAAGGCCAGCCCCCACAGUCGGAUCUGUUGCAAAUGAUGGAAGUACAGCAGCAGAUGCUGAACCAGAUGCAGCAACAGUUGAUGAUGCAGCAUGGUGGCGCGGCGAACGGUCAGGGACGUGGAAAGUCGUUGUUUGAGCGCGCGCAACACCCCAACCAACGAGGUAACUUCCGAGGCCGCGGUGGCCACCACCAGAAUGGUCGCAACAACGCACACCAGUCAGAGACGCCCAAGGCUGAGUCGGCUGAGCAAGGUGAGGGCGAUCAGGACAUGUCCGGUGUCAGGCGUGAGGCAGCGAACCCAGAGGACACGGUCUGCCGCUUCAAUUUGAGUUGCAACAACAAGGACUGCAAGUUUGCCCAUCAAUCACCGGCCGCGCCGCCAGGAGCAACCAUCGACGUUCAAGAUGUUUGCAGUUUUGGUGCAGCUUGUAAGAACUUCAAAUGUGUUGGCCGGCAUCCGUCGCCUGCCACCAGGACGGCCCACCAGAGUGAGCAAGACUGCAAGUUCUGGCCCAACUGCCAGAACGCUCGCUGCCCCUUCAAGCACCCAUCCAAGCCCCCCUGCCGUAACGGCGCCGACUGCAAGACCCCUGGCUGCGAAUUCUACCACAACCCGGUGAUGUGCAAGUUCCGGCCCUGCACGAACCGAUACUGCCAAUUCAAGCACGAGGAGGGCCAGCGGGGAUCGUUCCCCGACAAGGUCUGGACAGCUGAGGGCACGAAGGAGCACGUGAGUGAGCGCCAAUUUGCGGAUGCAAAAGCAGCGGAGGAGCAGGUGAUACCGGGCUCAGGAGAUGACGCUAUGGGUGGUACUGAGGCGACCGUGACGAGCUAG